GUUGACGUUGUCAAAUCUGAAAUGCAAUAGCACUUUAGACCAUUUACUUCCAAGGCAAGAUUUUAACGUGCAUUUUGAUUAAUGAUUUACUAAAAAUUGCAAGAAAAUCUUAAAAUGAAAUUACUUUUGAUUUUCUUUGUCGCCUAUAAUCUGUCCUCCGCCGUUGUGCAUGGAUGGGAUACAGAGGAGUUAGAAAUUUUCGAUUUGGUAGAAGAAAUCAAUAAAAACUUUUACGAAUUUAUGGGAAUAUCACAAAACGCCACCAAUAAUGAAAUCAAAAGGGCGUUUCGUGGUUUAUCCAUACAAUUGCAUCCGGACAAAAAUCCAUCAGAAGACGCCAAUAUUCAAUUUCGAAACUUGGUAUCAAUUUACGAAGUACUAAAGGAUACGUCAAAGCGGGAAAAAUAUGAUAAGGUAUUGCGAGAUGGCAUGCCAAAUUGGAAAUCGGCUUUGUACUAUUACCGCCGUAUGCGUAAGAUUGGUUUAUACGAGGGAGCCGGCAUUUUAUUCUUGAUUAUUACCGUUGGCCAGUAUCUGUUUGCUUGGGCGGCGUAUUUGGAGAAAAAGUAUACGGCUGAACAAGUUUUUGGUUCAAAAUUAAAAAAGUUACAAAAGAAAAAUAAAAAUAUUGAUAUGGAGACGAUUCUAAACGAAAUUCCAUCGCCUUCAUUAAUGAAUACAUUGCCCAUACAAAUACCACUGUUCAUUUGGAAUCUACCAUCAACAAUUAAGGAAGGCUUCAAUAAAGCUAAUGAGUUAAAAGAAAUGGCACUGGAGAAGCGUAGGCAAGAAUUGGAAGAAGUAAAACGUCAAGAAGAAUUGGAAAAGGAAUACGAAGAGCAGGUAAGAUUGCGUAAAGAAAAAAAAGAAAACUUACGCAAACGAAAACAGAAUACAAAAGCGCCUGAAAAAACUGAGGAAGAAUUGAAAGGAUACUCGAAAAUACAGGCCCGUGAAAUAACGGAAGAUGACGCUAUAAAACCUGUAACGCAAAAGACCUCGUUAAGCGGUGGCUUUUGGACGGACGAAGAUUUGCUUGAACUUAUACGUUUAGUUAAAAAAUAUCCAGCUGGCUUAGGCAAUCGUUGGGUAUCAAUUGCUGAAAACAUGAAUCGUACGGUACACGAAGUUACAUUUAUGGCGGCAAAAAUGAAAGAAAAUGGUUUUCGUAUACCCGGCCAAACGGACAGUGUCGCCGAAAAUAUCGUACAGGAAACUCAAGAUAUUGUAAAGAAAGAAAAAGCUAAGAAGGAAAAGAACAUCGUUAUACCAGAAACGAACUGGAGUCAGGAACAACAAAAAGCUCUUGAAGCAGCUAUUGUUAAAUAUAGAAAAACUGCAGGCAGUGACAGGUGGCAAAAGAUUGCGAACUGUGUUCCUGAUAAAUCAAAAGAGGAGUGUUUGAUUCGGUACAAAUAUCUCUGUGAACUGGUCAAAUCUCAGAAAAAAUCCGAAGAUUCCGAAGCGAAUUCAGAACAGCCUAUAAAUGUCAAAACUGCCCAAGACACAGAACAGGAUAUAGAGACUGUUCGAACUCAAGAGUGUAUGCCUGUGACGGCUGAAGAUUUGGCAGAUGAUUUAUCGGAAAAAGGUGGAAAGAAACGCAACAAACGCAAAGAAAGAAGAAGGAGACGAGACUUCUCUACAGACGAAGAUUCUGAUGAUGCAUACACGUAGGAUGUUAAUUAAAUGUGUAACUAAACUAAAUUUGCGUGCUAAUUAAGACAAGGGAUAUUAUCAUAAAAUGUUUUAAUAUACAUACAUAUGUAUCAUUCAUUCCAUGAAAGAUUUAUACAAAAUAUAAUUUUUUUGACCUAAUUAGGAUAAUGUUAGGAUUUAUUUAUAUUUGGCACAAUUAUUCCAUUGAGCCAUUUUCAUUCACGAUUUUAAUUUUUGAAAAAUCUACAGUGUGUGUUACUUAAGGUAUUUCUUCUGUAUUGUGCUGAGCCAGUGCUAAAAACCCAACAAACAAGUCUUGUAAAUAUUCCAGACCUAACCGCAUUUUUUCAAUGUCUGGUUAUUUUCUAUCGUGACGAUAUACUGACAGUUCUCAUACAAAAAUAUAUACGAAUAACGAUAACCAUAGAUUGAGAAAAUGGGGCCUAAAGUAGCAAUCAUUCUUCGUAGUAGCUGAAUCAUUGUUCGCAACUUAUUUGCAAUAGUAGAAAUAUUCAAUAAUUUUUUCAUACGAAGCAAUAUAUUUCAAACUUUCUAUUUUUCUUUUGUCUUUUUAUAAGUUGCAUGCUGUAAGAAAUAUUGUUUGUGUGACAUUCUGUCCAAUAGUCCUAGGCAAGCAGAAAUUUGUGGACAACCACAAUUUUCUUCCGUUCUAUGUAUUCUGUGGCAGCAGUUUCAUAUAUUUUAAAUGUAUCAAUUUUGAUAAAUUUGCAAGCUUUGCAAUUUAGUUUACUACGAAGCGUGAAUUCCCCUCUGGGAAUUCGUUUACGUUUACGUCGAAGAAAAACGUUCUGAAUUUCGUGAUAACAUAACACUGAUAAAUAAAAAAGAAAUGGAUGCAAAACCUAAAAUUAAUAUAAUUUUGGAUCACCUAACCAAAAUAUUAUUGUUUCUAUAAUUUGAAAAUAAAUUUUAGUUUGGCUUAGGUUCAUUUAUUGUAAUUACUCUGUAAUAAUUCAAUGAAUUACUGAAUUUUAGACAAUUUAUAGACAACACAAAUAAUGCAUGCAACUCCGUGAAAAGACAGAAAAAUAAUAAUUUUGCAAUAUUACUAAAAAAGCUUUUGUUAAAAACGCUUUUUGUAGCCGAAAAUUAUGCAAUUUAAAUUAAAAAUUAAAAAAAAAAACUUUUUUUCCGAAAUGUCUUCCUUCCCAUUGUUAAACCAAGUGAAAAAUUAAUUCCUAAAGUUGCACACUUUGUCGAUUAUUUUAAUUGAAAUUAAAGAACUAAAAAUAGCAAAAUGCAUAUGUUAGCAUUUGUGGACGAUGUUUCAUGGAAUCAAUGAUACAAUUCAUAUUUCAUAAUAUCGACCAAACAUUUUAAGCAGCAUUUUUCUUUUAUUUAUUUUUAUAUUUUAUUAACUCGGAUUAACGCCAUUUAAUUUUCUUUGUAAACGACUAAAAUAAAUUAGAUUGUAAUUACA